AUGAGUUGUAGUCAUUAUAUGAGAACAGGUCAUGUGAGAGCAGAUUGCUACAGACUAAUAGGGUUUUCUGAUGAUUUUCAAUUCACAAAAUCAACUAAUUAUCAGCCUACAAUAAAGGGAAAUGCAGUGGUGGCAAGGCAGGACAAUGAAGAGAAGUCCAACACUUGCAGUGAAGCAACCAUGAGCAAUCAAAACCAAUUCUUUAGUAAGGUGCAAGUGUCAGAAUUGGUAAACAUAAUCAAGCAAGUGCAGAUUGGGAGUGUAGGGACCACAAUAUCAGAAAUCAAUGCUAAUGUUGUAGCUGGUACCAUACUCAAAUACACAGGAACUUGUCUUGCUAUUUUUAACACUAAAACUUGGAUUAUUGACUCGGGGGUCUCUGAACACAUGUGUUUUGAUACUAGUUCUUUCUUAACUCUUACCCCUCUACCUGCACCUUUGCAUAUUAGUUUAACUAAUUCAUUUCAGUUAUGCGUUACACACAUAGGUAAUGUGUCUAUUCAGCCUGAUAUGAUUCUUGAUAGGGUCCCUUUAAUGAGGAGGGGACAAGUUUUUGGUGAAGUUAGAGAUGGAUUGUACCUGUUCCAGCCACCUAGAAUAGAGUAUGUUUCUUCAUUUAGAAAAGAUGUAGUUUCCAUUCAAAAAGGAAGAAAUUUCAGUGUUAUUUCUACUUCUAUUUCUUUUCCAGUAUCUUUAGUUACUAUUGUUACAUCUAAUGUAAAACAAUGGUAUGUCAGGCUCGAGCAGACCAGACUGCCUUUUCCUUUAAGUCAUAUUAAGAGUUUUGCUAUCUUUGAUUUAAUUCAUAUUGACACUUGGAGGCCCUUCAAGACUGUAACUUACAAUGGCUACACAUAUUUCUUAACUAUUGUGGAUGACUAUAGUAGGGCAACUUGGACUUUUCUUUUAAGUUCUAAAGGAAAUGCUUUUUCAGUCUUGAAGUCAUUUCUAUCCAUGGUAGAUAGACAGUUUAACUUGAAAGUCAAGAAGAUCAGAUCUGACAAUGCCAUGGAACUAGGAAAAGGAUCACUAGAGGCAAUUUUUCUUGAAUCUCAAGGGAUUUUACAUGAAACUUCUUGUGUUGCUACCCCUCAACAGAAUGGAGUGGUUGAGAGGAAGCAUAGACACCUUUUGGAAGUAGCAAGAUCUCUCUUAUUUCAUUCUAAGGUGCCUCUCCAGUACUGGGGAGAGUGUGUUCUGACAGCUACAUAUCUAAUCAACAGAAUCCCCUCUAAGGUUCUGCAUGGUUUAACACCCUAUGAGAAGUUGCUUGGUAAACAGCCCAGCUAUGAUUCCCUCAAAAGUUUUGGUUGUUUAUGCUAUGUGUCAACUUUAUCUCACAACAGGGGAAAGUUUGAACCUAGGGCAAAGGGUUGUAUAUUCCUAUGCUAUGCUCAGAAUCAAAAAAGUUACAAAAUACUAGACCUUGACACUAAAAGGGUGUUUAUUUCUAGAGAUGUCAAGUUCCAUGAACAUCUAUUUCCUUUUACUCACUCACCUUCCUCACCUGUUUUUUCUUUCUUUCCAUUAGGUAAAACUCCUUCAGAUGCCUCACCUCAUACCUCAACAAAACAUACUCCUAGGACACCCUCCUCAUCAUCUCCCACAUUGCAUUCACCUCAAUUUAUCCUCUCCUCACCUAGCAGUUCUUCUCAGGUUCCUGCUCCUUCUACUCCAUCCAAUAUCACCCUCACCUCUUCAGAAUCCAAUCCUUCUUACUCACCCAUUCUGUCCAGAUCACUGUCUCACUCCCCUACCAGCACACCUAUUCCAAUUCCUCCUCCACCAGUCAGAAAAUAUGACAGAGUGACUCAAAAACCAGCCUACUUAAAUGACUACAUUUGCAACAUCAUUUACCUGUCUGACCUUAGUUCCUGUCUAUCUAAACCUCUCAAGCCAACUUCCUUCUCCUUUAAUGCCCUUUCUAUGAAGAAUCAGCAUCUACUUACCUCCAUCUCUUCCAUAUCAGAACCUAGAAGUUAUCUACAGGUUUCCACUCAUCCUGGGUGGAAGAAGGCCAUGGAUGCUGAAAUUUCAGCACUUGAACUAAAUCACACUUGGGAUAUCAGGGAAGAAAGCUUUAUCCUGUAA